AUGAAAAAUGAUAGCUUAAGGGUGGCUAUAGAAGCUUGGAACCAAUGCAACGAGGUUGGUGAAGAAGCUAUGAACAUGGGAAGCCCUCGAAUGGCAGAUUGCUUUGAUCUCGAUUACUCUAGCGUGCCCGCGAAGAUAAUCCAUAAAGUGGACGAAAAAGACAACAAACUCGGGGUACGCAACGGAACAUACGGAGGGAUAAAUGCUGGAGACAAUGAAGAUAUCUAUGCUGCACAAAAGGAAAUAUACUUAGGAAACAAAUGUCAAGUCAUGGACAGUCCAAAUCCAUGGCAGUUUUGGAUGAUAAUGCUAAAGAACGGUAACACGGAUACUUUAGCUGCGAUUUGUCCGGAGAACGGUAAAAAAGCGAAACCUUUUCCUCAGACUGGUAGGUUUCCUUGUUUUGGGAAAGGAUGUAUGAAUAUGCCAUCGAUGCAUCAUGAAUACACAAGAAUUGUCGAUCAAGAAGAACAUAUGAUGAGUGGGAGUUUUUAUGGGACUUGGGAUUUGGAUAGUGACGGUAAAGGAGAUUCCGGUUUGGUUGGUAAUAAUUCGUAUUAUGAGGUGAAAUGGGAGAAGAAGGUUGGAGGAAAUGAGAGUUGGGUUUUUCAUCAUUUGUUGAAGACUUCUUCUAAGUAUCCAUGGUUGAUGCUUUAUCUACGAGCUGAUGCUUCUAGAGGUUUCUCUGGUGGUUAUCAUUAUGAUACUAGAGGGAUGAUGAAGAUGACGCUGAAAUCGCCGAAUUUCAAAGUUACAUUCAAGCUAGAGGUUCUAAAAGGAGGCGGAUCAGGUAGCCAAUUCUAUCUAAUGGACAUGGGAAGCUGCUGGAAAAACGACGGCAGAGACUGCGACGGCGACGUCACCACCGACGUCACAAGGACGGACAAGGAGAAGUUCCCUUACGAAGCGUAUCACUAUUACUGCGUUCCGGGAAACGCGCGUUUCGCGGAGUCUCCAUACGAGGUUUGCGAUCCGUACAGUAAUCCACAACCGCAGGAGAUUCUGCAGAUCUUGCCUCAUCCUGUGUGGGAAGAGUUUGGGUAUCCGACAAAGAAAGGACAAGGUUGGAUCGGAGAUCCAAGAAGUUGGGAACUUGAUGUCGGAAAACUCUCUCAAUCACUCUACUUUUACCAGGAUCCAAAGACGAAACCAGUGGAAAGACAUUGGUCGUCAAUAGAUUUAGGAACUGAAAUAUAUAUGAGCAAGGAUCAAAUUGCAGAAUGGACUGUAACUGAUUUCAACAUUGUUAUACCAACGACCGUUAUGUAA